GUGAAUUCUUCUCCAGGACAUGCAGAGACCUGUGGAUGAACUGUUUCUAGAUUCUUGCUCCAGCUUUCCUGAGAGUCAGAAUGAGCAAGAGGCACAUAAGUGUGGGUCAGCAAACGUGGGCUCUCCUCUGCAAGAACUUUCUGAAGAAAUGGAGGAUGAAGAGAGAGACCUUGUUGGAAUGGUUUUUCUCAUUUCUUCUAGUAUUGUUUGCAUACCGACUUUCCUCCAAUUUACAUCAAGUUAAUGACUUCCCUCAAUUGCCUGCUAUGAAUCUGGGACGUGUAGAUAAUUUUAAUGAUUCUAAUUAUGUGAUUGCAUUUGCACCUGAAUCCAAAACAACCCAGGAGAUCAUGAACAAAGUGGCUUCAGCCCCAUUCAUGAAAGGAAGAACAAUCGUGGGGUGGCCGGAUGAGAAAAGUAUGGACGAUUUGGAUUUAAACUACUCUAUAGAUGCAGUGAAAGUCAUCUUUAAUGAUACCUUCUCAUAUCAUUUGAAGUUUUUCUGGGGAGGGAGAAUCCCCAAGAUGAAGGAACACAGAGACCAUUCAGCUCAUUGUCAAGUGAUGGAUGAAAAAAUCACAUGUGAAGGUUCAGUGUUCUGGGAGAAAGGCUUUGUAGCUUUUCAAGCUGCCAUUAACGCUGCUAUCAUAGAAAUCACAACAAAUCAUUCAGUGAUGGAAGAGCUGAUGUCAAUUACUGGUAUAAAUAUGAAGAUAUUACCUUUUGUUGCCCAAGCAGGAGUUGCGACUGAUUUUUUCAUAUUCCUCUGCAUUAUUUCUUUUUCCGCAUUCAUUUACUAUGUAUCAGUCAAUGUUACCCAAGAAAGACAAUACAUUAAGUCAUUGAUGACGAUGAUGGGCCUUCGAGAAUCAGCAUUCUGGCUCUCCUGGGGUUUGAUGUAUGCUGGCUUCAUCUUUAUUGUGGCUACUUUGAUGGCUCUUAUUGUAAAAUCUGCCCAAGUUGUCGUCCUAACUGGCUUUGUGGUGGUCUUCACCCUCUUUCUCCUCUAUGGCCUGUCUUUGAUAACUUUAGCUUUCCUGAUGAGCGUGUUGAUAAAGAAACCUUUCCUUACUGGAUUGGUUGUCUUUCUCCUUACUGUCUUUUGGGGGAGUCUGGGAUUCACUGCAUUGUACAGACAUCUUCCUGCAUUUUUGGAAUGGACCCUAUGUCUUCUUAGCCCUUUUGCUUUCACUGCUGGAAUGGCUGAGCUUAUACAUUUGGACUAUGAUGUGAAUUCUAACAUCCAUUUGGAUUCUUCAGACAACCCAUACCUAAUAAUAGCUACUCUUUUCGUGUUGGUUUUUGAUGCUCUUCUGUAUUUGGCUUUGACAUUAUAUUUUGACAAAAUUUUGCCCACUGAAUAUGGACAUCGAUGUUCUCCUUGGUUUUUCCUGAAAUCCUCUUUUUGGUUUCAACACCAAAGGGCUGGUCAUUUGGCCCUUGAGAAUGAAAUAGAUUCAGAUUCUUCAUCCAACGACUCUUUUGAACCAGUGUCUCCAGAAUUCCACGGGAAAGAAGCCAUCAGAAUAAGAAAUCUUAGGAAAGAAUAUGGAAAAGGAAAUCAUGAAAAAGUAGAAGCCUUGAAAGGUCUGGUAUUUGACAUAUAUGAAGGCCAGAUCACUGCCCUCCUUGGUCACAGUGGAGCUGGGAAAACGACUCUGUUAAACAUGCUCAGUGGACUGUCCGAACCAACAUCAGGUUCGGUCACAAUCUAUAAUCACACCCUUUCGGAAAUGACUGACUCCAAAACCGUUAGCAAGCUCACUGGAGUCUGUCCACAAUCCAAUGUGCAAUUUGGCUUCCUCACUGUGAAAGAAAAUCUCAGGCUCUUCGCUAAAAUAAAAGGGAUUCAGCCACAUAAAGUGGAACAAGAGAUGCAACAAGUUUUAAGGGACUUGGAGAUGGAAAAUAUUCAAGAUAUUCUUGCUCAAAAUUUAAGCGGUGGACAAAAAAGGAAACUAACUUUUGGGAUUGCCAUUUUAGGAGACCCUCAGGUUUUGCUAUUGGACGAACCAACUGCUGGAUCAGAUCCUCUUUCAAGGCACUGUGUAUGGAACCUCCUAAAAGAGAGGAAAUCCGAUAGAGUCAUUCUCUUCAGUACCCAGUUCAUGGAUGAGGCUGACAUCCUGGCUGAUAGGAAGGUGUUUAUAUCCAAUGGGAGGCUGAAGUGUGCGGGCUCUUCUCUAUUCCUGAAGAAGAAAUGGGGCAUCGGCUACCAUUUAAGUUUGCAUCUGAAUGAAAUGUGUGAUCCAGACAAUAUAACAUCACUUGUUAAACAGCACAUCCCUGAUGCCAAAUUAACAGCACAAAGUGAAGAAAAGCUCAUAUAUAUUUUGCCUUUGGAGAGGACAAACAAAUUUCCAGAUCUUUACAGGGAUCUUGACAGAUGCUCUAACCAGGGCAUUGAGAAUUAUGGUGUUUCCAUGACAACUUUGAAUGAAGUGUUCUUGAAAUUAGAAGGAAAAUCAGCUAUUGAUGAAUCAGAUGUUGGAAUUUGGGGAGAGUUACAAAGUAAUAGGACAAAAGACACAGGAGGCCUUGUUGAGCUGGAACAAAUUUUGUCUUCCUUUAAGGAAACAAAGAAAUCAAUCAGCGGCAUGGCUCUCUGGAGACAGCAGCUCUAUGCAAUAGCAAAAGUUCGCUUCCUCAAGUUAAAGAAUGAAAAAAAAAAACUCUGUAAAACAAUUUCCAAUUGCUUUGGUGGAUUAUUGCUUUUUGGCAUCAGCUUUUGCCCUCAGCUUUUGGAACAUCUAUUCUAUGAGUUAUAUCAAAAAAGUUAUUCUUGGGGACUGACUCCUAAUAUGUACUUCCUCUCUCCGGGACAACCACCUCAAGCUCCUCUGACCCACUUACUGGUAAUCAAUAAAACAGGGUCAAGUAUUGAUAACUUUAUACAUUCACUGAGGCAACAGAACAUAGCUUUGGAAGUGGAUGCCUUUGGAACUAGAAGUGGCCCAAACGAGCUAUCAUACAAUGGUGUUAUCACUGUGUCAGGUGAUGACAAGGAUCACAGGUUCUCAAUAGCAUGUAACACCAAAAGGCUGAAUUGCUUUCCUGUCCUCAUGGAUAUCAUCAGCAAUGGGCUACUUAGAAUUUUUAAUUCUUCAGAACACAUUCGGACUGACAGAAGCACAUAUUUUGAAGAGCACACGUCUUAUGAGCAUGGGUACCUGAGCAAUGCCUUCUUCUGGAUACCUGUGGCAGCCUGUUUUACUCCUUACAUUGCGAUGAGCAGCAUCGGGGACUAUAAAAGAAAAGUUCACUCCCAGCUACGGAUUUCAGGGCUCUACCCUUCUGCGUACUGGUUUGGCCAGGCACUGGUAGAUAUUCCACUCUACUUCUUGAUCCUCCUUCUGAUGCAAAUAAUGGAUUACGUUUUUAGCCCAGAUGAAAUUAUAUUUAUAAUUCAAAACCUUUUAGUUCAGAUCCUGUGUAGUAUUGGAUAUGUCUCAUCUCUGGUUUUCUUGACAUACGUGAUUUCAUUCAUUUUUCGCAAUGGGAGAAAAAAUAGUGGUAUUUGGUCAUUUUUCUUCUUAAUUAUCACCAUCUUCUCGAUAGUUGCUACGGAUCUAAAUGAAUAUGGAUUUCUAGGGUUAUUUCUCUGCACCAUAUUAAUACCACCUUUCACACUGAUUGGUUCUCUAUUCAUUUUCUCUGAGAUUUCUCCUGACUCCAUGGAUUAUUUAGGAGCUUCAGAACAUCAAGUUGUGUUUCUGGCACUGCUAAUACCUUACCUUCAUUUUUGCAUUUUUGUUUUUGUUCUCCGGUGUCUGGAAGUGAACUUUAGGAAGAAAUCAAUGAGAAAAGAUCCCGCGUUCAGCAGUGGCAUUUUUCCAAACCCAGAAGAACCCGAAGGAGAGGAUGAAGAUAUUCAGAUAGAAAGAAGGAGAACCACAAAUGCUGGGACUGUUGAAGACUUUGAUGAGAAACCCGUCAUCAUUGCUAGCUGUCUACGGAAGGAAUAUGCAGGCAAAAAGAGAAACUGCUUUGCUAAGAGGAAGAAAAAAGUGGCCAUAAGAAAUGUCUCUUUCUGUGUUAAAAAAGGUGAAGUUAUAGGGCUCUUAGGACACAAUGGAGCUGGUAAAAGUACAACUAUUAAGAUGAUAAUUGGAGAUACAAAUCCAACCGCAGGGCAGGUGAUUUUGAAAGGGAGCAGUGAGGGCGACUCCCUCGGGUUCCUGGGAUACUGUCCUCAGGAGAACGUGCUCUGGCCCAACCUGUCAGUGAGGGAACAUCUAGAGGUGUUCGCCGCCAUCAAAGGGCUGAAGAAAGGGGACGCCACAGUCACCAUCACACGGUUGGUGGAUGCGCUCAAGCUGCAGGACCAGCUGAAGCUGCCCGUGAAGGCCUUAUCCGAGGGAAUAAAGAGGAAGGUGUGCUUCGCGCUGAGCAUCCUGGGAAACCCAUUGGUGGUGCUUCUGGAUGAGCCAUCCACGGGCAUGGACCCCGAGGGGCAGCAGCAAAUGUGGCAGGCGAUCCGGGCCACCUUUAGGAACACGGCGAGGGGCGCCCUCCUGACCACUCAUUACAUGGCAGAGGCAGAGGCCGUGUGUGACCGCGUGGCCAUCAUGGUGUCCGGAAGGCUGAGAUGUAUCGGUUCCAUACAACACCUGAAAAGCAAAUUUGGUAAAGAGUAUCUGCUAGAGAUGAAGGUGAAGACCCCUGCCCAGGUGGAGCCCCUCCACUGUGAAAUUCUGAGACUUUUCCCCCAGGCUGCUCGGCAGGAAAGGUACUCCUCCCUGAUGGUCUAUAAGUUGCCUGUUGAGGAUGUGCACCCCUUAUCGCAAGCUUUCUUCAAAUUAGAGAUAGUUAAACAGAGCUUCGACCUGGAGGAGUACAGCCUCUCCCAGUCCACCCUGGAGCAGGUUUUCCUGGAGCUCUCCAAGGAACAGGAGCUGGAUGACUUUGAGGAAGAACUUGACCCUUCAGUGAAGAGGAAACUCCUCCCACAGGAAGACCCUUAAAGCCCAAAUACCCUAUGUUUGUUUUUAGUCUUAUGCCUCUUUUUAAAGA